AGUACGUGCGAGAACGGUACACUUUUCAUUGCAUUGAAUUUCAUAGCAUAGGGCAUCAAGAUACCAAAUGCCAAUAUUAUGAGCUAAUUCGCAUAUUGCGAUAUGUACUUCGCAGUCCUACAUAGGUUCUGUGUUUUGUGUAGCUCUUGUUUACUUACUAUAUGACACAUGCGAGCUAUCGUUCCAAACUGUCAAUUUUCUGCUUUUAAUUCUCAUAAAUGAGUUUUAAUUUAAUUAUUGCAUGCGAGUAAGUAUAAAACAAAAUUUCAAUAAAGAUUAAAUUAAGCUAAAGGACUGUGAGGUCUUAUAAGAAGUUUAAAACUCAACGGACAAGGCUGAAAAAUGGUAUGCUGCUGAGCAACUUGAAGUAGCAAACUUUCCAAAAACAUGUAUAGAUGUAUCAGCUGUGGAGCUCAAGUACAAGAGCUUUAUCGUCAAUACAGUCCGACUGUGCUCAAAAUCGUCAAAUGUGAAGAAUGCGGCGAAUUUGCGGAUAAAUAUGUAGAAUAUGAUCCAGUUAUAGUUUUGGUUGACAUGGUUUUACUGGAUAAAGCGGCUUACCGGCAUUUAUUGUAUAACAGCAAUUUUAAAGCUUACUGGAAAUUAGUCAUUAUCUUGUUGCUGAGUGAAUCUUUUAUACGGUGGAGUAACAAGCGUCAACAGUUCGAAGAAUCUGGUCAGCUAAUGUCUUUCAGAAGUGAACGUAAUUUUUAUUUUGAGCUUAAUCACACAGGAUUAUCUCUGCUGAGCUUCGUCAUUAGCGUUGUGCUAUUGACCGAACUCCGAUGGAAAAUUCUUCGUUCGAGGCCUGCCAAGUAUAGACGUUUAGAUCUCCUUAAAGCUCUCGUUAUUGGAGGCUGUGCUAAACUCCUCAGUCUUAUUAGUAUUAUUUGGAAACAAGAUGAUGAGCUUGAAUAUCAACAUCUUCUCAUAAUUGGAUACUCUGUUCUCUGCCUGCUUACCGCUUAUUCAGUUGCUUGUGAUAGCGGAAGAGUUGGCUCUUUAGCUGGGUUAAUUGCUGGACUAUUAGCUCAAGACUAUGUUUACAAUGCAAUACCAGAUAAUUAUUCAGCGACCACCAAUGUGACUCUGGGGCAAAGCCAAGGUCAGUAAUUUACGGUGGUC